GCUAGUGAGCAUGCGCACUGGGGCGUGCCGUGGUUGCCAUGGAGACGCGUCGCUUGAAACGAGCGCAGCCGCCAUGAGCUCGGAGCCGAGGCCGGGCCUGCCCUUCCUACCGGGCUGCUCCUUCAGGGACCCCAUGAAAACAUCCUUUCAUCGCUCGCAGACACUGGGCUACAAAAAUGGGUUUGCCUUUUCUCGGCUGCCAACGGUGGGGAUCGGCGGGGAGCGACUGUAUGUGAAUCAGCCUUCUCAAGCUGAAUUAGAUGAAUUAUCCAACACAGGACCCACGCUGACCUAUGGGCAAGCCAAGAAGGCUCCUCCUUCAGGCUUCAUUCCAGCACACGUGGCUUUUGACAAAAAGGUUUUGAAGUUUGAUGCCUAUUUCCAGGAAGAUGUUCCUCUCUCUACAGAAGAGCAUUACCGUAUUCGCCAAGUGGGUAUUUAUUACUAUUUGGAAGAUGACACCAUAUCUGUCACAGAGCCUGUUGUGAAGAACUCUGGUAUUCCUCAAGGCAAACUUAUCAGACGUCAUCGUGUGCCCAAGAAUGACCAGGGGGAUCAUUACCACUGGAAGGAUCUGAAUCGAGGCAUCAACAUCACCAUGUAUGGCAGAACAUACCGCAUCGUUGACUGUGACCCAUUCACACAGGUAUUCCUGGAGAGCCAAGGAAUUGAACUGAACCCUCCAGAGAAAAUGGUUUUUGAUCCUUACACAGAACUGCGUCGGAUGCCCAUGCGAAUGUACAUCACACCAUCAGAUUUUGACCAACUCAAGCAGUUUCUGACUUACGACAAGAAGGUCCUUCGCUUCUACGCCAUGUGGGAUGACACAAACAGCAUGUUUGGUGAGAAUCGACCUUAUAUCAUCCAUUACUACUUGGCAGAUGACACAGUGGAGGUUCGGGAAGUCCACAAGCCCAAUGAUGGCAGAGACCCAUUCCCAGUACUCAUAAAACGCCAACGCUUGCCGAAAACCUUUGUGGACAAGAAAAAGACCUUCCCAAGCUGUGUGCUGGAAAUCUCUGAUCAGGAGGUACUUGAGUGGUACACAGCUAAAGAUUUUGCUGUUGGCAAACCUACCACCCUCCUUGGACGCACAUUCUUCAUCUACGAUUGCGAUGAGUUCACACGUAACUUCUAUCGUGACAAAUUUGGCAUCACAGACUUCCAACCAGUGGAGAUAAAGAAGAAGCCACCUGAGGAAGUACCACAGGUAAUUCCUCCAUAUAAUGGUUACGGCUUCCUUGAAGACUCCCUUCAGAACUGCUAUUCUCUAUUUCCAAAGCCUCCCCGGAAAGAUGUAAUUAAAAUGCUAGAGAAUGACCACAAAGUGCUGCGAUACCAGGUAGCCCUGGAAUCGCCAAACCCUGUGGACGCAAAGCGUCGCUUCAUCCUCUCGUAUUUCCUCUCCAAUGAUAUGAUCAGCAUCUAUGAACCACCAGUCCGUAACUCUGGCAUCAUUGGAGGCAAAUACUUAGAAAAGACCAGAGUUGCCAAACCAGGCUCUACUACAGAGAAUGCUGAGUACUAUGGGCCCUCUGACCUCACCAUUGGUUCUACCAUUGAAGUGUUUGGCCACAGAUUUGUUAUCACUGAUGCUGAUGAAUAUGUGCUCAAUUAUAUGGAAAGCAAUGCAGAAAGUUUUCCUGCGACAACACUACAGUCCAUGAGGGAUCAUUUUCACCCACGGCAGGUGGUGGAGGAGACUGCCAAAAGUGAUGUCCCUGCUCCAGGGACCAGCAAGCAGGAGGAACUGGAUGAACUAAUUGCACGGGUUCAGGAAGAGCUGAAGCUCCAUAACUACUUGAACUACAGUAACAUUCGGGAGGCAUUACUUCGUUGUGACAAGGAUGAGACUGGUUUCCUUGACAAAGCAAAAUUUUUAUCUGUUUGUCACAGCCUGAAAGUGCCGACCAGCGCCGUUCUGGUUAACAAGCUGAUUGACCUGUGCUCCUGUGGAGAUGACAAGAUAAACUACCGUGACUUCCUUAGAGCCUUCCCCUCGUGAUCCUCGCCUAGAAGCUGAAGCACAAGACCAGCAAUAAUUUCCUUAGCUGAGCUGACUGUAAGACCUCGCACUUCAAAAAGGAUGCUCUGGUUUUUAUCUUUGCUUCUUUUCCUCUCUCCCUUCCUUCCUUCCUAAUUUCACCCUCACUUGGAUAACUUUUUAUCUUCCCAACCUACUCCUGCCAUUUUUGCUGCCACCAAAUUCAACCUCUUAACUCCUGAAUAUUGAAAUGAAACCCACAAAAAAAAAGAAAUGUUUUGGAGAACUACAGCCAGGUUCUUCUAUUGAUCUCUCAACUUUUUAAUGAUGUACGGCAACUUGCUAGAACUAAUGCCUGGAGUGACAAGCAUCUAGAUUUCAUACAGAGUUGAAAGGGGCCUGCAGCGAAGACUGCCAGUUUAAAUUUUUAUUUACAUUGCAAGAAGACCUUAGAGCUCUGUAAGAAAUCAUAAUAAAUGCACGCUUGCUAGCGUGACUAUAAGAAAGUUAUGCAUGGCUGCUAUAAAAGUGUUAAAAAGUAUGCUUUAAAUAAAUGUACCUCAAUGACUAGAAUAACUAAGGAUUAAAGUAAGAAAAAAAAAAAGAAAACACCACCACAAAGCCAAUUCUGACUCUGGCUUUACUUGAAAUGGAGUAGUAGCUUUACUCUCACAUAUCUAAUGGAAAUUGCAGGGUCUGUAAACAGAUGUGCUGACAGCAGCUUUGCAUUUUUUAACAAAGGUUUAGGAGAAAGGUUUUAGAACUGAGAUUAUAUCUAAGCCCAGCUCAUGCAACCUGUCAUCUUAAAGGAUAUGUCCAAUGAAAAGGAAAAACUAACUGUUGGCAUAGCAAUAGGGCUAUGACACUUCUGCUCAGACUGCUCAUCUCUCCGUGAAAGGAAACAUAGCAGGAACCUUCUCAGCCCAGCUGACACCUGCCAGGUAUUGCCACUGAGCGCAGACGAAGGGCAGCUAUCAUGCACACAGAGAACAAAAUGCUUAUUUAACUCAGCUUUUUGUGCUGUGGGUUCCCACUUCCACUGCCUCCCCUUGUUCAGGAAAGGUCACUUCUCUUCCCUUCUGGGCCCAUUUUGUGCUGCUCUUCUCUCUGACUGAGAAUUGUUAAAGCAAUCUCAGGUCCAUCUCAGAUUUCAAAGCAUGGCUUGGCGUUGUAUGAGGUACCUUCCAAGCAGCAGCUGCAAAAGACUAACUUCUAACAGCCACCCUAAACAGCUUUUCCAGAGGCCCAACAACUUGCAGAUGAAAUUACAGGAGCUGUAAUUGAAAAGAAAGUGAGAAUUUGUUUUCUGCACAUGCUACGAAGCUGUAACCUAAUACUUAACCAAACCAUGCAGCAUGCCCAGGGCCAGCUGCAGACAGCAUACAGUUGAGCUCACCAGAAACUAUGCACCUAAACCACAUCAAAUGAAUCAUAUCCUACAAAUGCCCAUAUCCUCCACUCCCAGCAAGCGAGGCACCCACUGAUAACUAACUCAGAAGCAGUUGCCCAUGCUGUAGAUAUGGGAAAUUCAAGAAUAUGAGCCCUAGCUAUGGGGAAUAUGAGGACCAAAGUUAUGGACACAUCUAGCAUGGCAGGAGGGAGAGGAGCACGACCCAUCCCAGCCUGCUCUCUUAACUUAGCAGCAUGGUAAAGUGUCAGCAAGCAGCAGUAAUGGAAGAAUCUAUGCCUUUUAUUUAUUUAUUUCAGAAAAUACUUCUGUUGAGUUUAUCACAAAAGUCAUUGAACAAUAAACGACAACGAACAUAAACCGUACAAAAAAAAUUUACGUGACAGGAAGAAUGAAACAAAUGAGAUAUGGAUAAAAUAUUGGAGAGUGUCACUUCCCCACCACCCCUCUCCAAAAUUUAAAACUUUGGAAUAUGGAAGAACAAAAAUUUUCCUCGAGUUCCUUUUGCUGAAGUUUUGGUCCAUGGAAUUCAACAUACCUGAAGGAAAGCUACGUGCCUCCGCCAGGCUUUCAUAACAGCCAUCCUUCCUCUCUGCCAGCAAAACUCCCACCCACAGCCCCGAGGUUACGUAACAAACUUCACAGUUUGAGUACAAAGCCUGCCAAAAAACCAUCUACUACAUGCUCACAAAGCUUCCAGGAAGGCUGUAAAUCAGACCCCAAAAUCUCCGCCUACUGUUGGUGCAUGUCAGGGUCCAUCUACCAAAACUUCAUCCAAGGUAAGAAGCAGCUGUUGCUGCAAAUCCCCAUGCAGCAAUAGGGAAUAUGGGAAAUAUUCCCAACAGGCCUUGGGAAUAACUUCGGGGUCAGAGGAGAAUCCUGGGGUAGUCCUCCCCUCCGACAGGGAAGGAUAUCAGAAAUACAUCUUAAAACAACAAGAUAAGGGUAAGGGGUCCUACAGAGGAACUGGAACUUGUCUUUACCACUAACCCAAACACAAGUAAGAAAAAUCCUAAACAAAAAGAAACAAAACAACAUAUCUGUAAUGCCCCACAAAGUACGAGUCACUCAAAAAUUAUAUGUGAAAUGCUACAUCUGUUCUUCUUCAACCCUCUUCUCUUCCCAAGCCCAUCCCUGAACUCUCUGCAACAAAAAGAGAGAACUACUGCCAGUAUUUCAAAAGUUUCUAGGCUAGGACAGGAGAACACUACACUGCACACUAAAAAUCACAGACUACUCAGUCCCUGACCUUAUGUUGGUAAUAGAAACAGAUGGCAGAAUCAGCCUCAAGCCCAUAGGAAGGGUGCAGAGCAAGCAAUAAUUACACAAAGUCGGAACUUGCAUAGUCUCUAUCGGUUUCUGCACUGUGGCAGAAAACAGCUCUUGCUUCGGGUUGGGUUUGUUGGUGUGGUUGUGGGUUUGUUGUUUUUUUUUUGCAGAUGACAGGGGGCUUGACAGGAUGGGAUGCAAGAAGAGCAUCCAGUCAAUGACAGAGGGUCUCAGCAUCUUUGCACACAAAGCAGUCAAGGGAAGACUGACCACUAACUGUUUGCAGUGAAAGUUCUUUGGGCUGAAAAGAAGGCUUGGCCUGCUGAGAAAUGCCAUGGACAUAAAAGCAGUUACUGCAGAGAUGGUGUUUGCACUAAAAGCCAGAGACGAAAGCAGUUCGGGGCAGCCCCUCCAACGGGGGGCAGAUUGGAAACCUCGAGGAUGAGACUUCUCAUUGCCAUAUAGCAAAGGCUCAGCACUAAAUAACCAACAGAAGUCAUGCCAUGCUUUGGCAUAACAGGAGAAGGAAAGAUUUCAGAGGAUUAAAGACAGACGAAGGCAAAAAAGAACAUCAUCUCUAGGCUUAAGAAAAAAAACAAACAAACAGAAGGAAAACAUGGAAAUAUUUUCAAAACAAACUGUCCCUUUUACUGGUAGCUCUAUCAAAAGACAAAAAAAAAAAAUCUAAAA